CGCGGUAGGGCCGCGCGAAGCCCAGCCUCUGGCCGGGCAAGCCGGAGAGGAGAGGAGGGACAAAGAUGGCGGCGGGCGCCCCAGGAGUUGUUGUUGCCAUGGCGUCGUGGAGGAGGGCAACGACAGAGGAAAGCCCUCUUGUGCUCAUCCACCUCUAUGAGGUUUGAACCAGGAUCUGGCAGGGGAACGAGUCUCUUGGCUUGUGAGAGGGCCUUCCUCUCCCUUCUCUCCAUAAUGCCCCAAGCGUCUGAGCACCGCAUGAGCCGGGCGAGAGAGCAAGCAGUCAUCACCUCUCAGCCAAAGGCCAACACCAAGCUCCCAAAUGCACACCGAGCUCCGAGUCAAGAGCACCGCAGCUGCUGCUCUUCCUCCUCCAUUUCCAAUGGACUCUCUGGUUCUUCCAAACUCCGGCCCUUACCACCCCGGCCAACCCCUCUGGACGAUAGGGGCAAGAAGCUCGAGAUGGACCGUGGCCGGGCCUCCAAGCAUAGCGACGUGCCGCGCGGUCCUGCCUCCCGACGCGGCCCAAUCAAGGCAGACCACGCGCUCAAAAUACCCAGCUGCCCCCAACCGGGCACUAUCUCCGGCAGCACCUCCUUCACCAUGAUGCCUGGGGUUCUUUUUGGCGGACCAGACUCUGACCAACGAAGAAGCAACCUGCUCCGCUCCAAAUCCAUCAGCAUCGGUGACUUAAGCCAGGCCGGCAACCAUGGGGAGGAGCCGCUGAGCACCGCACUGAACCGCCUGGCCCUCCGGGACCGUAGCCCUUCUUGCAUUCACAAGAUUGGCUUGGGCGCCUUGGCUCUGAAGAGAAGUUCUUCGCUCCGCAGAGUCAACAUCACCACGGGCCUGGAUGGAAGACCGUCUGCCACCCUGCUGUCCGUCUGCACAGAAGGCUGCCUGAGGACUCGCACCAUAGACCCACAAGCCCCGGAAUAUGCUCGCUCUCCAGAAAUCCUCUUAUCGACCAGCCCACCCCAGAACAAAGUCCCCGUUCCCAGCAAACUGGAAGAGAAGGCAAGCACUACACAUCACACCCUUCUACUGGGCUCUGGGCACAUUGGUCUGCGCAAUCUUGGCAACACGUGCUUCAUGAACGCUGUCCUCCAGUGCCUGAGCAGCACCAAACCCUUGCGGGACUACUGCCUCCGCCGCGAAUUUCGGCAAGAGCAACCCGGAGCUCUGCGGACCCAGCAGGAGUUGACUGAAGCCUUCGCUGAUGUCAUUGCCACCUUGUGGCACCCCGAUUCCGCAGAAGCCUCCAAUCCCAGCCGCUUCAAAGCCGUCUUUCAGAAAUACGUGCCAUCCUUUACAGGAUACAGCCAGCAGGAUGCUCAGGAGUUUCUGAAGUUUCUGAUGGAUCGGUUGCAUGUGGAGAUCAAUAGGAAAGGACGCAAAACACCCAGCAUCCUUUCUGACACCAAGAGGCCCUCUGUAUUGGAGGAUGCUGACAUUCUGAGUGACGAUGAACAAGCCAACCAGAUGUGGAAACGUUACCUGGAAAGAGAGGACAGCAAAAUAGUGGACCUCUUUGUCGGCCAGUUGAAGAGCUGCCUCAAGUGUCAAGUGUGCGGUUAUCGGUCAACCACAUUCGAAGUUUUCUGCGACCUCUCCCUGCCCAUCCCCAAAAAAGGCUUCACUGGAGGAAAGGUCUCUCUGCUCGACUGUUUCAGCCUCUUCACCAAAGAAGAGGAGCUGGACUCUGAGAAUGCACCGGAAUGUGAUAAAUGUCGGCAGAGGACCCGGAGUACCAAGAAGCUGACCAUCCAGCGCUUUCCCCGAAUCCUUGUAUUACAUCUGAACCGUUUCUCCACCACCCGCUACUCCAUUAAGAAGUGCUCUGUGUUUGUGGACUUCCCCCUUCAACAGCUGAACCUGAAGGAGUUUGCCAGUGAAAAGGCAGGGACUCCUGUGUACAACCUAUAUGCCCUCUGUAACCACUCUGGCAGCGUACACUAUGGCCACUACACAGCCUUCUGCAAGGACCAGUCUGGCUGGCGGGUGUACAACGAUUCCCGUGUUUCUCCGAUCAGCGAGAACCAGGUCCCAUCCAGCGAGGGAUAUGUCCUUUUUUACGAGCUGGACGACAUGCACUGGAAGAAGCAGUAGAAACAAAAAAAAAAGGAAAGGACUGGAUGCCCUAGCGUUUUGCUCGACUGCCCUCUUACCUCAGAGACUGCAACUCGGUUUUCUUUCUCUUUUUUAAUUAAAAUAAGACAAAAACUAAAAAAAAAACAAUAAGAAAACAAACACUGUGUGGAGUUGGUUUCUCAGAGUGAGCUGGUUCAUCCACCUUUGUCCUGUGGGUUGCUUUAUUUUUGUUUUCCCCCGGCUUCCUUUGAUUACCAGGAUGAGGCUCGUCCCAUGGAAGAGUCUAGGUUGUAGGGGUCAAGCCUGACAGAGAGGGAAACUGAGGCGGGUGGCACCUCCUUCAUCCGUCUGUCUGUCCGUCCAUCCCCCAACCCCUCAGGUGAAAUGACGUCCGCUACUGAUUUUAACAACGAUGUGACUUUGUACAUAAUGAUGGCUUUGUACAUAGGUAAAAAGACAGAACAAUGAAAAGGUUGAAACUCUUUUUUUGUGAAUAAAUUUACUAAAAAAAAAAAAAA